CUCGCGAGAACAGGUUGUGACGUGGUCAGUAUAGAAAGGAUUUGCAAAUGGAGAUGGCGGAGGUUACUCUUUAAUCACACAAAGGUAUUCCAGCUCCAUCCAGCCAUGUCUGAAUCUCUGUACGAGAAGUUUCUGGCUCCGGAGGAGCCCUUUCCUCUGCUCUCUCAGAGAGCCAACCUCAGUGAUGUGGGAACCUUCGAUGUCAGCGAUUUCAACUGUCAGUUGUCUUCUUGCCACAGAACGGAUCCAUUACAUCGUUUUCACAGCAACAGGUGGAACCUCACCUCCUGCGGGACCAGUGUAGCCAGCUCGGAGUGCAGCGAGGAGCUCUUCUCCUCCGUUUCUGUGGGCGAUCAGGACGACUGUUACUCUCUGCUGGAUGACCAGGAGCUCACGUCGCUGGACUUGUUCCCUGAAGGCAGCGUUUGCAGCGACGUCUCUUCCUCCAUCAGCACCUACUGGGACUGGUCUGACAGCGAAUUUGAGUGGCAGCUGCCAGGAAGUGACAUCGCCAGCGGCAGCGAUGUCCUGUCCGACAUCAUCCCGAGUGUGCCGAGUUCACCCUGUUUGUUUUCCAAAAGGAAGCCGAAGCCCCACCCCCACCGCAACCUGGACGAGCUGCCGUGGAGCGCCAUGAGUAAUGACGAGCAGGUGGAGUACAUCGAGUACCUGAGUCGGAAGGUCAGCACGGAGAUGGGCCUGAGGGAACAGCUGGACAUCAUCAAGAUCAUCGAUCCGUGCGCUCAGAUCUCUCCCACCGACAGUGAGUUCAUCAUCGAGCUCAACUGUCUGACCGACGAGAAGCUCAAACAGGUGCGUAACUACAUCCGGGAGCACGGCCCCAGGCAGCGGGCCAGCAGCACCAGAGAGGGCUGGAAGAGGAGCAGCCACAGCAGCGCCAGCACAGGGGGGGUCAGCGCAGUCAGCAGCAGCAACGCCAGCAUGGUCAGCUCCGCCAGCUCCUCCACCGGCUCCACCGCCUCCAACUCUGUGGCAGGUGGUCCGGCCUCGGCCUGCAGUGGGGGCAGUGCCGCUAACAUCAGCAGAGCUCACAGUGACGGAAACCUGUCCAGCGCCGCAGAGCGAAUACGAGAUUCCAAAAAACGCUCAAAGCAGCGCAAACUUCAGCAGAAAGCUCUGCGCAAGCGGCAGCUGAAGGAGCAGCGGCAGGCGCGCAAGGAGCGCCUGAGCGGACUCUUCCUGAACGAGGAGGUGCUGUCGCUGCGGGUGACGGAGGAGGACGAUCACGCCGACGUCCUGGACAUACUGAUGUGACAGCAGUGAAUCAGUCAGUGCUCCCUCUGCGCCCGCUCCCCCUUCCCCGCCGCCGCCCUCAGCCAGCCCUGCUUCCAGCAGCCUGUAGCCUCGCUUCACGUGCUGAUUUGUUUUGUGCGACACACAAGUGCUUUUAGUCCCACUUAAACGUCUGCUGUUUGUCAUGAUGCUUAAAUGCUGCUAUCGCCCUAAAAUAGGAAACUCUCCAUACUGUAAAAACUAGAAAGAAAAAGAAAAAAGCAACGCUCUUGAUAAAACCAUCACCUGCAGAAGGACAGACCAGGCAAAGGCAUCGGAACCCUUUCCUUUAAGGCUUGAAACGACAGCUGAUCGGGAUUCAGGCGCUUUAUACUUCAGAUACUCGGACGAAUGAGCUGGCGGACAUUCGGAGCUCUGGCUGGUCUGUCUUUCCAUCCGCUGAAUGUCGUGGCUCCAUUUCAUCGAGGCCUGGGGGGAGCACUGAAACCAACUGCUGGUGUGAUCCAGCAACGCAUCACCACAAGUGUGAUCCUGUCGCUAGAACCCAGCUAUGAUGUAAAUAGCUGAUAGAUACUCCAAUUACUGUUUGCUUUCAACUUGAUGGAACAGGUUUAUAUUUGAGGGUUUUAUUUUUUCCCUGUUUGUGCUAAACUGAUUCAGGAUUGUAAGCAGCUUAAAGCCUAAAAUCAUUUCCUGAAUAUUUUCAUUCUUUUUCUUUUGUGUCACUGAAGUUUUCUUUGUGAGCACUCCUACUUAAAUGAAUUGAUUCCUGUCAGCAUUAUUAAAAGUCUUAUUAGUUUUUCAGAGGUGGUUGUAGCUGUAAGCUUCAGUUUAGUCUAUUAAUGAGGUGACGAGAUGACACAACGUAUACCGUAGGUGUAGUUUUUUUCUUUUUAUUUUAGUUUAUUUACUGGUUUUUAAAAACUGUUCUAGCCGCUUCAAUCGACCACUGCAGUUGCUGACCUAAAUCGUCUAUUAUAUAUGUGCUGUUGUGUGUAUAAAGCUAACUAUAUUGUAAAAAAAAACACAGCUUUAUCCUUUCUCUAGCAAUGAACUACUCAUUUCUAUUUUGACAAUGGAUCAUUUUUGAAGAAAAAAAAACAAUGAAAUCAUGUGUGAUGAAACAUUAGUGCAACUAAGAUAACAAACUUAAAAGCAGUUAACAACUGAGACGUGUGUCAGUGAUGCUGUCCUACAACUAAACACUGUAGAGAGGAGACUUGGACCAUCCGCAGACCAGUUUCUGUGUAAUAUUAUCCAUAAACCACUGUUGAUGCUUGUUGUUGAACGCCAGCGUUGGCCGGGAAUCCAACCGGCUGUUCUGAGAAUCUGUAAACUUGACAAAUAAACUAAGUUGUACUCUA